CGCCUGGGGUGAAGGCUCUUGUCAACAGCUGCAGCAUCAGAGCAGCUCCCAGCCACCGCGUCUCCCAGCCGGGCCAUGCUGAAUUUCGCAUCUUCCCUCUACCAGCCAGCUGAGGAAGGAAUAGAGAUGAUUACUGAAAAGCAAAACAAUAAUAGACGUUCCUGGAACAAUACUGCUGAAAAGAGUGAUUUUGAAGCCGUAGAAGCCCUUAUGUCUAUGAGCUGCAACUGGAAAUCAGACUUCAAAAAAUAUGCCGAACUGAGACCUAUAACACCAGCAUCUGAUAUGUCAGAAGAAACUGAUGAUAACCUGCUACCUGGUGCAGCUGACUUUCAUGCAAUACCAGCAUUUUGCUUGACUCCACCCUACAGCCCUUCUGAUUUUGAGAUGUCUCAAGUAAUUCAUCUGCCAGCAGCAGCGCCAUCUGCUGUACAAUGCAGAUUAUUCUCUGAUAUUUCAAAGCCUGUUCCUUCAGCAAUUUUUAAAGAGACUGAAAAGUCUCCAGCAUCCAGACCAAUGAAAGCUCAAGCAACAAGUGUUAUUCGCCAUACAGCUGAUGCUCAGCUUUGUAAUCACAGAACAUGUCCAGUGAGAGCAGCUAGUGUGUUGAAAUAUCAGGACAAUACUUCAAGGGAAAUAAAUGUACAGAAUAAUGGAACUGCAAAACAAAAUCCACCUUGUGCAAUUGUGUCACCAAACAAAGCAACUUACAAAAGUGACAAACUGCCAGUUUUAGAAGAAAAAACAAGUACAGCACUAGCUGUCAGUCCAUUGUCCCUGAUCCAGACUUCAACCAGUAAACCUCAGCCUGUUCCUGGAUCAGUACAGCAGUCAUCGACGAUAGUAUCUUCACCUGCUGUGCAAGCAAGUGGUGUCUCACCUGUGCCAGUAAUUUGCCAGAUGGUUCCUCUGUCUACUAACAACUCUGUUGUGACAGCAAUAGUGCCCAACACUCCUUCUAGCCAACAAUCAACCCUUUGCCAGCCUAUGGUGUUCAUGGGAACUCAAGUUCCUAAAGGUGCCGUUAUGUUUGUUGUGCCCCAGCCGGUUGUGCAGAACACAAAGGCUCCAAUCAUUAGUCCAAAUGGCACUAGACUCUCUCCUAUUGCUCCUGCUCCAGGUUUUACACCUUCUGCAGCAAAAAUCACUCCACCAAUUGACUCAUCAAGAAUAAGAAGCCACAUUUGCAACUAUCCAGGAUGUGGAAAGACUUAUUUCAAGAGCUCUCAUUUGAAGGCCCAUGUGAGAACACACACAGGAGAAAAGCCUUUUAGCUGUAGUUGGAAAGGCUGUGACAGGAGAUUUGCACGAUCUGAUGAACUGUCUCGGCAUCGCAGAACGCAUACCGGUGAGAAGAAGUUUGCUUGCCCAAUGUGUGAUCGGCGGUUCAUGAGGAGUGACCAUUUAACAAAGCAUGCACGGCGGCAUUUGUCAGCUAAGAAGCUACCAAACUGGCAAAUGGAAGUGAGCAAGCUAAAUGACAUUGUUGUGCCACCUGCAUCUACACCUGCACAAUGAAAGAACUCCUGAAAAGUUACCGGAACUAACUGUUGUCACUAUGGUAUACCACCAGUGAUGUAUAAAAGCUCCUACUCCAGG